AUGUUGUCAGGGUGGGAUGACCACGAAUCUCGCAGACUUCAGGAGAGCUGGGGCGGAAGAAGAGAACCUCGCAGUCCGGGUUUCAUUGCAGGGGCUUCAAUAGUGGUGGGUGAGGACUGCUUCAUGAUGGUCAAAUUGAAGCUGCGAACUCGCAAGUCCUACGCCUGGCAUGACCGAACCCCACGACUCCGUAUGACGGACAGGAGCAUCAGGCGAGCUGAGAAGGGCCGAAGAAGGUGGCGGGAAAGGAGAUUCUCCCGGGGUGAUUCACCAGACUUCCUCCUGAAUCAAAGAAGCGGCCCCGCUCAAUCCGUCUGCUUCGUACCCAACACUUCCUAA